AUGGAGGUCGACUCGAGCUCAUCGUCGUCUUCCGAUGAAGAAUGCGAGAAUGAGGCACAAAAUGCGAUUUUCAUCCACUCGGCGUGAGUUUUUUGCCUAUUUUCACCGGAAAAAGCGAAACAACACGAUUUUCUCUGAAAAACUUUGGUCCCCCCUGAUUUUCUGCCAAAACUUUUAACUUUGUGUUUCAGAACCGUCAGAUUAUCUGUGGGAAGCGAGGAGAACGCGAAAACAGUGUCGGAAGUGAUAAAAAUCGAUAAAGAGCCGAGCAGAAGCGGCGCUCGCCGACAAAUCGGCUCUGAAGGCGAAUUUGUAGUGAUGUAAGUUGAAAAUAGUUUUUCAUUGCCAAAAUCAACUCAAAAAGUUCAAGAAAGCACUGCAAAACACUGUUUUCACAUCCAAAGUGAAACAUCGUUUUUCAGAAGAAUCGAGAGCAAAGAUCCGAAAUCUUUAUCGAAAUCCAUCGCGAACGCCGUCGAUAUGAUCGAUUUGUCGCUGAAAACCAUCAAAAUGUGUGAGAAUUACGGAAAAACGCCCGAAAAUGGACUAAAACGGAAAAUCGAACAAGGAUCUCUGGCCUAA